UGAAUGGAGCAGCCUGUUGCGCCCAUUAAGGAGUCGGGAGCCGGAAAGCACGUGGAACUUGCUUUCCAUUGUCCGCGCGAAUUGUUCAAACGCCAUGACCGCAAUGCCGUUCCACGUUUGGGGGUUUUAACGGAAGAGAUUGUGUCGUGUGAACAGAUUAUGGUCUGGUGGUUUAACACCAAGGUGGCAUUACACAAUGGAAGUGCAGCUGGAUACGGUAGCGGUAUCAAAUCAAGCAACCUGGGAAGCCAAUCGCAAGCUUCUGAGCACGCUUGCUCUUCUUUAUGUGACGAAGUGGUUAUCCUUUAGCGAUUGGCUGCACUCAAUCCAGGCCUUUCUGGAGAAGAACGCGAUCUACUUCGUCAACAGUUCAGCGAAUGGCAUGUCAAAGUCAUUGACAAGGUCACGAAAAGCAAAGGGUUAACAAUCAGUGCUACUCAUGGCGCACCCCAUGUU